UUUUGUUCAAUAGAUGGCUGUUUUGGUUGUUGGAAAUCAGCUGGAAAUUUUGUUUUUGAGUUGAUUUGUUUAUUUUUUAAUUCAAACAAUUUAACCUGUAAUUUUAUUGGAAAUGUCUCAUUUAAAACAGCUAUUUAGAGUGUUGAACAACACUGCUAAGUCUUCAUUGAGGCCUAAGAUUGGUUUUAACUGUUUCAAUGUCCCAGCUCGAAUUUUGUCUACUGCUGCUACUGCAAAAGAAGCUACUCAGGAAAAAUCUGUUACUUCUACUGGGUUGCGAGAUCCUGAAAAGAGAGCUAAAUUAAUUGACUUUGGUCGUUAUUGUGCUGAAUGCUUGCCUAAAUUCAUUCAGAAGAUUCAAGUUACUCAUGUCGAUGAAUUGGAAAUUAUGAUUGCUCCUGAAGGAGUUGUUCCGGUUCUUGCUUUCUUACAAGGACAUCACAAUUGUCAAUUCACAAGUAUUGCUGAUAUUGGUGGUAUGGAUGUACCUUCAAGAGCAUACAGAUUUGAGAUCAUUUACAAUCUGUUAUCGUUAAAUUUCAACUCGAGAGUCAGGGUUAAGACUUACACAGAUGAAAUGACACCAAUUGAUUCGUGUUGUGAGGUCUUCGAGGGUGCCAACUGGUAUGAACGAGAAGUACAUGACAUGUUUGGAGUAUUUUUCUAUGCUCAUCCAGAUUUAAGACGUAUCUUGACUGAAUAUGGAUUUGUUGGACAUCCAUUCAGGAGAGACUUCCCUUUGACUGGCUACACGGAGUAUCGUUAUGAUGAUGAAUUGGGUAGCAUUAUCGAAGAACCACUUGAAUUAGCCCAAGAAUUCCGUAAAUUUGACUUGGAAACUCCUUGGGAAACUUUCCCAGCCAAUCCAGCAAUAGCAAUACCAGCUGAAGAGAUUCCUUUAGUAGCAGGAACUGUAGUCGCAGAACCUCAGCCCGAGGCAAAAAAAUAGAAAUAUCCAAUAAAAUUUACUAAAUAUGUAAAUACCUUGAGAAGUUAAAAAUUCUAUCAGGUUUGAUUAUGAUAUCUACAAAUGUUGGAAAAAAUGUUCAGCUAAAUUAAAUGUCAUCAAACGAAUCAAAGUUCAACUUUCCAAAUUUCUCUAUUGUAAAAAUACAUUUCAAGAAAACAUCAAAA